AUGGUUUCCUCAUCCAGUUUCUCCAAGGUGAACAUCGACGAAGACAAAUGGGUUGAAGGCAUGCGUAAAUCCAUCGUCGAACACGACGAUGAACAAAUCGGAAAAAUUCCCGUGUGUAUCUUCACCGUCCCUAAAGUGCUUCUCGACACCAACCCUAAUUGCUACAUCCCACAACAAGUCGCGUUAGGCCCAUACCACCACUGGCGCCCAGAGGUCUACGACAUGCAAAGGUUCAAGCUUGCGGCUGCCCGAAGAACACAGAAAUAUAUGAAUGUUAGCUUCGAACGUAUCGUGGAAAUAAUGAAGAAACAUGAUGAGGUUCGAAUCCGUGCUUGUUACCAUAAGUUUCUGGACAUGUCGGGUGACGCAUUGGUGUGGAUGAUGGCGGUUGACAUGGCGUUUUUACUCGAGUUUCUCUUGGUGUAUUCCAUGAAGCAAGAAGGUCGGAGUCUCGCGAGAGUAGCAUCCGAAAUGUCUCAUUUGGUGGACGCGGCAGGAAAGAAGCUAUCUCACGUGGCGAUUCUUCGUGAUUUGGUGAUGGUAGAAAAUCAGAUACCAUUGUUCUUAAUCAAGACGAUGAUGGAGCAUCAGCACCGGGAGACUCACAACAAGUCUCCCGGUGAGAAACUGAAGUCGAUGUUGAUGGGGUUGUACCAUGAGUUGUCUCCUUUUCAUGAGCAAGAACUAGCUGAUGUUCAUAUCGACGAUUGUGAUCAUAUUCUCGACUUUCUCUACCACAUGACCGUCCCGAAUAAUAAAGAACUCCAUACCUAUGACGCGAUUGAGAUCGAGUAUGAUCAUCAAGGUAUUAAGGAGGAAGCACAUGAUGGUGAUCAAGAAGAAUCGUUUGCGAAACAUACUAAUCUUCCAAAGAUUAUGAAAAUUAUCUGGAAGAUACUCUCCAAAUCAAAGGCGGGUAUGGUAGGGAUUUUUGAGAAGAUGGUAUGGAUUUUUAAGAAGAUAAUUUUCGGGAGACCAGUCGCGUCGGUAACAAAAUAUCCCUGGAAGAUCAUAUCCAGCCUUCCAAUACUCAAGAACAUGAAAGAACCUAUAGAACAAAUGUUGGAACACUUCCGUGGUGAAGAAGGGGAGGAGAAACCGAAGGAUGAAAGUGGCGAGCCCAAAUCGCCAACAAUGGAGGAGAUCACGAUCCCAUCAGUCACGGAGAUGGCUGAAGCCGGAUUCCUAUUCUCACCGGUUAAUGGCGGAAUAUCCGACAUUAGUUUUGAUGUCAAAACAUGUACAUUGUACCUCCCAGUGGUCGAACUGGAUGUGAACACGGAGGUUUAUUUGAGAAACCUCGUAGCGUACGAAGCAUGCGUUGCAGCGGGACCAUUGGUGAUGGCUCGUUACACCGAGUUGAUGAAUGGGAUAAUCGACACGGAAGAAGAUGCAAAGUAUUUGCGGGAAAGAGGUAUAGUUGUGAACCAUUUGAAGAGUGAUAAAGAGGUUGCUGACUUAUGGAAUGGAAUGAGUAAAUCUGUGAAGUUGACUAAAGUGCCGAACAUGGAUAAAGUGGUUGCAGAUGUGAAUAAGAUGUAUGGUCAAACAUGGAGAGUGAAAUCAGCCAAGUACUUGAAGAGAUAUGUAUUCGCAUCUUGGAAGAUUUUAACUUUGUUGGCCGCUUUGUUUAUGCUCUUCUUGACAACCGUACAAGCUUUCUGCUCGGUGUAUAGUUGCGCUCGAGUGUUCCAUCAGCUCCCAGAGAUUACUGGAUCUGAAGGAGCCGAGUGAACAAACGUAUUGUGUGUGUGUUUAAAAGUACUUUA